AUGAAGGCAAAUGAUCGCCCUGAUAGGACAUAUCUGGAGUAUCGGCCAUUCAAGUCUCCAGAGGAUGCUGCCUUCUUCCACAAAAUCCAGCGGAACGAGAAUUGCUCCCCGAACACGGCCUGGGGGCACUCUGAAGACCUCUCGUGGCACCGUAUCGAUAAAAUGCAAGAGAAGCUCAUUCAAGAUGCUGCUAAGUUCGAUACCGUAUGGUUGUGCGAAAGCUAUGGAAAUUGGGAUAGAUGGGUCCGUGUCGCGAUCGUGGCUGUCACCAACUCUCGUGGUAAUGGGACUCGCAACAAGGUCGUCGAACUGAACAUCGGAAUGGAUAUGAACUACGAACUGGAGAAUGCACGGAAGAUUGUCAAUUGGGUUGUCAAUUGGGCCUUUGACAAGAUGAAAGUUGAACGCGUGGAGUUCAACGUUCCGUCAUUUAAGACCAAUUUGGUGGUUGGUAAGAAGUUCCUGGGUUUUCUCGUCGAAGGAACGCGGGUCGGGGCCUUAUCUAAGAAGGGCGACUGGCGGCGUUACGAUGAGCACACUUUGGGCAUUUCGCGUGAUGAGUGGAUAAGCAGACAAAUUUGGGUCACGUCUGACUGA